UGACAUACAUGUUGUUGUUCCUGCACCGCAUGUAUCUCUUUUUUCUGAAAAAAUGGUCUUGGAUCAUAGUUACACUGUUUCCAAUUUUAAGGUUCAGGCUAAUGUUGCGGCUUUCAGACCUUCGUCUCAUAAGUUUAUGUUGAAGUUUACUGCUGGCACUACGGUUACGGAUGAUAACAACGCUGAAAUACCUCCAAAGCCGUUGGUGUUUACUAAAUUUACUGAUAUAAUAAACGGCAACUUUAACAAGGAUGUGCUAAUAGAUGUCAUUGGUAUGGUGGAAAGUAUUGGGUAUUCACAUACCACAUCAGGUGGCCGGAAGCAGCUGAUUAACAUGAUGCUGCGUGACGGGGUGAGAAUACUAUCAAUUGCACGCUUUGGGAAUCCUAUGUUGAACAAUUCAUGAAGUUCAAGCAGGAGCGCGGAGAUGAUUCGGG